GCUGGGUUUAUUGGUUUGCUUUUAUGAUGACCUGGAACAGAUGGAUGCAGCUGUGGCCCGAGCUUUGCUUCAUCAAAUGAUUAAAUGCAAUCAACUGAGAGGUUUCCAGGCAGAGGUUCACAAGCUCAAAUCUCAACUCCUGAACAUUGCCACACAAAACCAGACAUUGAACGACACCCUCGGAUCUCUGUCAGAUGCUGUGGUUGGACUAACUUCAAGUCAGCUGGAAUCUCUGUCACCUGAAGCAGUACAUAAUGCUAUUGCAACACUAAACCAAGUCUCUGGGUGGGCAAAAAGCCAAGUUAUGAUUUUAUCCAGUAAAUACCUCUCUGGUGAAAAGGUUUUAUCAUUUUAUAACGUCAGUCAGAUGGGUGUGUUGGUAACUGGUAUCAGCACCCAGACAUUCUACAGCAUGAACCCAAGGGAGCUCUCUCAGAUCAUUCGGGGCACAACAUCCCACUACUUGUCUGACUUAUCACCUGCACAGCAACAAGGGAUCCUCAGGAAGAUAGCUGCAUCUGGAGAUUUUUCUUCCUCAGUCAAAGAUAUACAAGGAGCUUUCUUUAAAGAACUAUCUCUUCCUGGUUUAUGGAAGCAGACUGGAUAUAAUUCUUCAAUGAUGAAAGAGAAAGAACUAAGAAGGAGCCAGGCUUUGUACCUGUAUGAAUUACUGUCUCAGAAAAACUAUCCCGAUGACCUUCUAAGCACAGGACAGCUUGUGAGAGGAGUAACUUGUCAACUCAUUGAAAGUAUGGGCACAGACAUAUUUUUAAACAGCUUUAAAUUCUUUGAAAUGAAUCUUCAUCUGCUUUCUCCAUAUCAGGUUAAUUGUUUGGCUUGGAAGUUUUGGAAAGUCUCCAAUGCAUCUAUUCCUCCCUUCCUCUUACUGGUGCUUCCUUCUGAGUACCUGGAGUAUGUUUCAGGCCCUUUGUGUGUCCCUUUCAUUGAAAGUCUGGGGAAGACUGAAAUGGACCUUUUGAUUCCAAGCCAUCACAAAAGGAACGCUGUCCUGCACAAAGUACAGGAGUGCUUGAAUGGCUCCAUUGCUGAUGAAUAUGAUGUUGACCUACUUGGAAAUCUAAUCUGCCACUUACCUCCAGCUUUUCUACAUAGCAGAGUGUCCCUGAAGGCAAUGGAAACAGCCCUUCAUCAAUUCAAACUCUGCCAACAGCUCAGCCAUGAGCAGAAGACUGAAAUUAAAUACAAAGUCCUUGAGUUAUAUGGCUCCUCAAACAACUGGACAGCAGAAACAACAUUAGAUGUUGGACCAUUCAUAGCUCUGCUGACAAAAGAGGAAUUAAAUAUCCUUGCUGAAAAGUUCCCAGAUAUCAUUUUACAAAUAGCAAAGACAAUUGGACCAGGUUCUUCAGCUGAAGAGCUUCAAUCAACUGUGUUUGAGUCUAUCUCCAAUGCCACUGCCAACAUGGGAUCGUCUCUCACCACACCUGAUUGCCUGGGAACCAGAGCUCCUUCUUCAGAUGAAAUUGUUAAAUUAGCAGAAGCAAAUGUGUUUUGGUCAGUUCAGGAACUGAAGUGCAUGGAUCCAGGGACCUUUGACAAAAAUGUGGAACUUCUUGGGACUGUCUCAGGUUUUAACAGCUCCCAGCUUACUGCCUUGAAGGAAAAAGCCAAGCAGGUUUGGGGAUCUCUGCCAGACUGGAAGAGUUAUCAUGUUGUUUCCCUGGGUCGCAUUGCUCUGGCACUCACUGAACAUGAAAUCAGAGAGUUGGAUUUGCAUUCAGUCGACACUGUUUCUGUCCUUAGUCAGCAAACAGAGUGGACUCUUACCCAGGCAAGAUCUAUUUUGCAAGGUUUUCUAGAAGACUCUGGCCAGACCAUCAGCACACUAAAAAGCUUUGAUUUAGUUGGAUUAGGAGCUAUUCUCUGUGCUUUGAACUCCACUGAAAUCAUGUCCAUAAGAACUGCUGAAUUCAGUGCUGCUGUUGCAAGAAUUGGCCUGUUGUUUUGUAGCACUCCUGUUCUGAGGCAGUUUAAGAAGAUGGCAGAGUCUGUGUUUGGUGCUGCUACCAGCUGGAAUGGCUCUGUUUUACAGGAAAUUGGUACUAUAGCAGGUGGUUUGAAUGAGGAUGAAUUAAAAGCUUUUGAUAAAAACUUGAUGCCGUAUUUCCAGCCAUCAGCAGUGAGACAUAUCCCUCCUGAAGUUUUUCAAGCAUUGUCCCCAGAACAAAUAGCAAACCUGGGCCCUGAAAAUGCUGCUGUGGUUACCAGGUUGCAGCAGGAGCACCUGGAUGCAUCACAGCUCCAGAGCCUUGGGCUGGCACUGGAUGGAGCCAGGAGCAGCAGCCCGGAGACACAGAGCAGUGCAGGCACUACCCAGGCAGUGCAAACCCUGGCUCCAAGCA